AUGGACAUGGAACAGAUGCAUGCCAGGAGGCUUCUGUCGCACGCCGCCGCCGCGGCAGCCACGCCGGCGGUCGCCUCGACACCUGGCCCGUCCGGCACGCCGCGUUCCACGCCCUUCGGAUCGGCGGACGACACGGUGAUCACGAUCCUGUCGCUGCUGCUCUGCGUCCUCGUCGUGGCGCUCGUGCUCCGCGCGUUCGUCCGGUGCGCGUGCCGCGUCUGCUACGGUCAGACCGAGCCCCCCGGCGCCGGCGACGUCGAGGCCGGCGUGCAGAUGGCCGCGCUGCAGGCUCUGGCCGGGGCCGUCGCCGUCGCCAGCGCCAGCUCCAAGAAGAAGGGGAAGGGGAAGGGCGCCGCCAUCCGGGCGAUCCCGACGGUGGAGUACUCGGCCGAGAUCGAGCUCGCCGUGUGCUCCUCCACCGAGUGCGCCAUCUGCCUGACCGAGUUCGCGCAGGGCGAGCGCGUCCGCGUGCUGCCGCGCUGCCACCACGGCUUCCACGUCCGGUGCAUUGACCGCUGGCUCUCCGCGCACCAGACGUGCCCCACCUGCAGGCGGGAGCCGUUCUCUACGCCCGCGCCUCAAACCACAGCCGAGGAGGCGGCGCCGGCGGGCGUGCAGCUGCAGGUGGUGGUUGAAGCUGGACAGUCCGAGCAUAUUUAG